AUGGCGAAUAAAGGGAAAUUGCAGUUUGAAAAGCCGCAAGAAAACGGUGCAAGUUUAAAUCGUAAACUUUCGGCAACAUCUCGUCUGUCACGAACGAGUCGACUCGUAAGUUCGCUCUCAGCUCUUUCUUACGGGAAAAGUUUAGCUUGGAGAGGCGGUGGUGGUGAUGGCUUCAAAGUACCGAAGUAUCAAAAUAGCUAUCGUCUUGAGCCUCACUUACCGUUCUGCUGCGAAAUUUCCGACCGAAUCCUCGCUCAAGUAAUGACCAGUGCCUUUGCUGACAUCACGUACAAUCCUGAAUCUUCGGUGAUGCUUUGCCGCGAAACCGCCGCUGAUAUUCUUGACCGGCUUUACAAAAAAACUCAUUUCGACCGAGUAAAAUACAUCGUGAUGAUCACGAUGAUCGAGAAUGCAAGCCAAUCCUUUGAGUGUGUACACUCCAGGUUGUGGGACGUCGAUCGCGACUCCUAUUCCAUGUUCGUGGUUGAGCAACGCUCGUUUUACGCCUACGGCACUGUUCACGCUAUCAACUACGAGUAG